AGACAAACAGCGGGGAGGUCAGGGGCGGGGGUAACAUGUGGGUUACAGUCUGAUCAAUACGCAUCGAUUUUCAGGGUCUGCAGACGGAGCCCCUUUCGAUUUCAGACCCAGAGCUGCAACAGCUCACAGAAAACAGGUAUGAGCAGUAAUUGGGUUUUGAGCCCAACAAAAUAAAAGGGGAGGAGCACUGUGAGAACUUCAAGUCGUUAUGAUUCAAGGGACCGAGCAGAACAACAUGCUUCCACUCAGAAAUGUGUUGUGAACUUAAUCUAGAGAGUACUGCUCCCUUCGGGUCUCUGCUUGAUUCCUCAGCUUCUCUUACCCACGUCCUGUACUUCUUAUUGAUGACAAACUUUGCCUCAAGGGGAGCGGUCGAUCAGUUGGUGACCGAGGUCUGCUGCUGCUGUCAAACUUCAGCUGACAUGGAUCUGUUGCACCGACGGACGCACUGAACAGUUUGGGGAAUUUUCUUCACUCGACAGGACGAACUGACUGCAAUUAAUUUGUCUUCAACUUUUUUUUUCUUAAAGUUAUACCUACGUAUAUACAUAAAGAAAGAAGAAGAAAAAAAAAAACUUUACCAGACAUGCAGAAGUUAAACUCAAGCGGGACGCACUGCAGCACGCUGCCCCGGGACGCAGAGCUGCAGCUGCGGUUGGCUGACAGCGGAGGCUCCGGGGAAGGGAGGGAGAACGGCGCAGGGAUACAUUUCCUCACCCAGCCCGAAGACCAGGGCUCGUUCUGUACCAAGCGGAAGAUGCUUGUCGGCUUGGAUGUUAUAUGUCUCUGUGUUGCUUCCAUCCCAUUUUUUGCAUGUGAAUUGAGGGCAGUGACUCCGUAUGAACGAGGCUUUUUCUGCGGAGACGACAGCAUCACCUAUCCAUACCUGGAGACGGAGGCCAUCCCCGACACCCUGCUCAUCGCAGGCGGCAUCGCCAUCACCGGCUUAACAAUUGCUCUGGGAGAAUGCUACCGUGUGCGCUUUCGAGGCGUGCUCUCACGAGCUUUUGUUAGAAACCACUACGUGUCGUGCCUGUACAAGGAACUGGGAAGCUUCCUGUUUGGCUGUUGUGUGGGGCAGUCUCUCACAAACAUGGCCAAACUCAGUGUGGGGCGCCUGCGGCCGAACUUCCUCUCUGUGUGUAACAUCACAUACGAAUCCAUUAACUGCACUCGUGGCAGCUACGUCAGUCAGGUCAAAUGCAAUCCACGCCAUGACAAGCUGGUGGUAGAGGCAAGGAAAUCCUUUUUUUCCGGGCACGCUUCCUUUGCCAUGUACACCAUGCUCUAUCUGGCAUUCUACCUGCAGGCUAGGCUGUCGUGGCGAGGAGCUCGAUUAUUGCGUCCGCUGGUGCAGUUCCUCUUAGUGAUGCUGGCCAUCUACACAGGCCUGAGCCGCAUCUCUGACUACCGCCACCACCCCACUGAUGUCCUCACCGGCUUCAUCCAAGGGGGACUCACUGCAUACUGGGUGGCUUUUCACAUCUCGUCCAUGUUCAAGCCCUGCACCCGUUCAGACAUGUCUCCAACAAGCGUGUGCCUAGAGAGUCCACUGUCCAGCCAGCAAACGGUUUGCUAGCAGGUGGUGUCAGGAGACAAACAAGAGGGGCUGGACUGCAAUAAAGCAAGAGCAACAGAUGUUGAAAAGA